GAAGCUGAUUCUGUCCCUCACUGUCAUCUGGAUGCUCUCCAGCUCAGCUUCCCUUCAUCAUUUGACUGAAUAUUCUCUGGUGCAGCUGGAGCUCUUAUGUGUAAAAAUGAUACUGCAACCAGUGUGACCUGUGAAUCCAAUGAACAGUGUGCAACAGCUGCUAUACAAGGCCCGUCAGGACAGAAAAAAUCAUGUGUGUCAUCCUCCGUCUGCGAACCCAACAAUCAGACAUUUUCAUUCACCUUUGGUCACGCUCAACUCACUGCAUUUGUUCACUGCUGCAAGACAGAUAACUGCAACAGUGUUAAUGUGUCUGCCCCUGAAGAUCAGUCGGAAAACAAACUGAUGUGUUACAUGUGUGAUGGUGGUCAAAGUACUGUCUGUAACGAAACAGUAAAGUGUAAGGGAAACCAGGACCGCUGCGUUAAAGGGACUGCUGAUGAUGGAAAGGACUCAAAGAAAUUCUCUGGCUGUGCCUCUAAAAACACGUGUGGAGCUGCUUCUCAGCUGGGCUUCCUGACUGGCGCUCUGAAAUUCGACGAUGGACCACACUGCUGUGACACCAAGCUCUGUAAUUCAGCCUGGACCGUCAAACUGAGUGUUGUUCCCUUUUGGGUUGGGCUCCUUCUGUUUGUUGCCCUUUAGAGCAAAAAGCAGCUGAUACAAAUAUCACAACGUACCAAUUAUUAUUAAUUUUUGUUAGUGAUGUGUUUAUUAUUAUUUAUCAAAAAAAUUAAUAAUAUUAGUCAAUAUAAUAUCUCCUUUUGAUCAGUGAUGUUACAGUCAUACACAUUCUAACCAAUAAUGUCUACUUCCAAAGUUUUUACACAGAUUGAAAUGAUAAAAUGACUGAUUAUUGAUUGAAAUACUCAAAUGAAUACAGAACCUGCCAUUUACAAAAAAUAAAUCUAAAUAAAUAUACAAAGUCAAAUUCUUGCAUUGUACUUGUAAGCAAUUUCCUUUCUAUCGUGGCCACAAUUAUUCAUCAUAAGGGUAUUAUUGUAAUAGCCAAAGACAUUUAGAAAAACAAAUGAUACCAAACCAAUGAUAUGUCAAAUGAAUAUUUAACUAUGUUUCUUGUUCUGCUUUUUUUGCAAAUGAAUUAGGGAGAUGGAGAAAGAAUAUGUAUGUAUAAGCAAUGAUUUAAUAGGAGCUUUCAUUAUUUACCAGAUAUAAUCACAUGUGCAUUUUGGACAUAUCAACAUUCUUUUAAAUUCACAUUUAUGUUACAUGAUGAGUAAGUUGAAAAUGUACUCUUCUUUUUGUGCUGGUUUCCACUUUCUGGAUAUGAAUAUGUAUCCAUAAAGUGUAAGUGUAAAAUCAUGUUAUAUCCAUACCAUGAAUCAGCUGUUUAGAUAUAGAAAUUAUCGAUUUAACUUUCUUGUUAUUUGUGUGCAGUUAUCUCUGGCAUAUAUAUGAAUACCUGCUGUAAUAAGUACUCACCAAAUAAAGCUUCAACUACAUGUUA